UUCGGCAGAGCAGUGGGCUGGCUUUAUCUGUGUGUGAGAAGAGCGCAGAGGAGAGCAGACCAGAAGAGAGGAGACCCCCUGUGCUGUGAUUUGACUACAUAAACAGAGCUCAGAGCCGUACCUCCUCCUGCGGACUCCCAGGACACUGGAGAUUAACCCUACAGUCCUGCACUUCAGAGGAAUCUAGUCCAAUCCUUAAAAACACAAUUGGCUGGAGACUGUUACUAGAGACCAUUACUGUUACUCUAAAGGCAACCAACCGCUGGAUAGAGCACUUCUUUGACAGAAAGAGAGAGAGAGAGAGAGAGAGAGAGAGAGAGAGAGAGAGAGAGAGAGAGAGCGAGAGAUAGAGAACUAGACACUCACAGAGACUGAGACUUGAUCAUGUUUUAGGAGCCAAGACAGCUGAGAACUGAUACACUGAAGAAUAAUUCUCUCCUGAAGCGUAUCACCAUGAGGAGUGUCAGAGUAUGCACUCUCCAUCUGACAACCAUUCUUACAGCUCUUUUACACUUCUGUCCUGAGUUCUGUUGCCUGGAGAUCUCCCCUAGCAACAGUGAAGUCGUCAUGGCAGCGGGUGACUCCAUAAUCAUUACCUGUACCGGCUGGGGGACGGUCGAAUGGAGGUUCAAGCGGGAUGACAAUGUUCCCUAUUUUGGAGUGGAGAACCAGAACACGACCAGUGUUCUCAUUCUGGACAAUGUGACAUGGAGCCAAACGGGAGUAUAUGUCUGUGCCGAGACUUGGACUGACAAGACUAUAGAGGUGGCAGUCUUUGUGCCAGACCCUGAUGUGUGGUUCAUUGAGAGUUUCCACGGCAUGGUGACCAAGACCAGCGAGGAGGGCAUCAUCCCGUGUGUGGUCACCAACCCCCAGAUCAACGUCACCCUCUACGAAAGAGACAGUGACAUGCACCUGAAGGGGGUCUACAUCCCAAGUGAGGGCUACAGGGCGCCCCUGGAGGACAGGACCUAUGUGUGCCGAGGAGAGCUGAACGGGGAGGAGAAAGAGUCCCAGGCUUUCUACGUCUUCAGCAUUGUUGUUCCGGAGAUGAUCGACGCCUACAUCAAUGCGUCUAAGACGGUGCUGAAGCAGGGCGAGCCUCUUACAGUGAACUGCACGGUGCACGGAGUGGAUUUGGUCUCCUUCUCCUGGGACUAUCCCAAUAGAGACGUGGACUCCAUUGAGCCUCUGACUGACGUCCUGUCAUCCCAGAAGAUGCGCUCACGCCUCAUAGUCUCCAAGGUGACGCUGGCCAACACAGGCCAGUAUGCGUGUCAUGUCCACGAGGGUGUCCAGGACCAGAGAGCCACAGCCAACGUCAACAUCACCAUCCUUGAACAAGGAUUCGUGGAGCUGAGGUCCAUCCAGGAUCGUAAUGUCUCAGCCCAGCUGCACCAGAACGUAGAGCUGAGGGUGGAGAUUGAAGCUUACCCCCCUCCACGUGUCCGCUGGACCAAAGAUGAUGCCACGGUCAAUGGGGACAAAGUCGUAGUCACCACGCAGGAGCAUGAGACCAGGUACGUCAGCACGUUGACCCUGGUGAGGAUCAGGACAGAACAGAAAGGCCUCUACACCGUUCACGUCGCCAACGGAGAUGAUACCAAGAAAUUGACCUUUGAUCUAGAGGUCAAAGUCCCCCCUCAGAUCACAGACCUGUCAGACCACCACCUCCCUGGGAAGAGGCAUGCAGUGACCUGUGUGGCUGAGGGGGUACCUUCCCCCACCAUCCAAUGGUUCAGCUGUGACAGCAUGCUCAAGUGCAGUAACCGGAGCACAGUGUGGCAGCCCCUAGUGUCAGACCCCGAGACCCUGAGCGUCCAGACCAACGUCAGCUUCAACGAGAGCCGUAAGGUGGGCCAGGUCCGCAGCCAGGUCAUCUUCCACAAGCCCCAGCAGGUGAGCGUCCGCUGCGAGGCUAGCAACGAGAGAGGACUCCGCAGGAGGGACGUCAAACUGGUGUCCAGCACUUUUUUCUCCCAGGUGGCAGUGUUGGCUGCGGUUCUAGCCCUGGUAGUCAUCGUCAUCCUCUCCAUCAUCAUCCUCAUCGCUGUGUGGAGGAAGAAGCCUCGCUAUGAGAUCAGGUGGAAGGUGAUCGAGUCAGUGAGUCUGGACGGACAUGAGUACAUCUACGUUGACCCCAUCCAUCUGCCCUAUGACCUUGCCUGGGAGAUGCCCCGAGACAGCCUGGUGCUGGGUCGUACUCUUGGGUCCGGAGCAUUCGGCAGGGUGGUCGAAGCAACCGCGUAUGGUCUCGGUCAUUCCCAGUCCAGCACGAAAGUGGCAGUGAAAAUGCUCAAAUCCACGGCUAGGAGGAGUGAGACCCAGGCUCUAAUGUCAGAGCUGAAGAUCAUGAGCCACCUGGGGCCUCACCUCAACAUUGUCAACCUGCUGGGGGCCUGCACCAAACAGGGCCCUCUCUACCUGGUGACAGAGUACUGUCGCUAUGGAGACCUGGUGGACUACUUACACAAGAACAAGCACACGUUCCUGCAGUACUACCUUGAAAAGAACCAGGAGGACUCUGGCUGCCGCAUCUCUGGAGGGAGCACUCCUCUCAGCCAGAGGAAAGGCUACGUGUCAUUUGGCAGUGAGUGUGACGGUGGUUACAUGGACAUGAGUAAGGACGAGCCCACAGUGUACGUCCCCAUGCAGGAGCUGAAAGACACCAUCAAAUACGCUGACAUCCAGGCUUCUCCCUAUGAGUCUCCCUAUCAGCACGACCAUUACCAGGAACAAGACCAGACCAUAAUGGACCCUGCCCUGUUCAUCAGUGACUCUACCACCCUCAGCUAUACUGACCUCAUCGGCUUCAGCUACCAGGUGGCCAAAGGCAUGGAGUUCCUCGCCUCCAAGAACUGUGUCCAUCGUGACCUGGCCGCCAGGAACGUGUUGAUCUGUGAGGGGAAACUGGUGAAGAUCUGUGACUUUGGCCUAGCCAGAGACAUCAUGCACGAUUCCAACUACAUCUCCAAAGGCAGCACAUUCCUGCCCCUGAAGUGGAUGGCCCCAGAGAGUAUCUUCCAUAACCUGUACACAACCCUGAGUGACGUGUGGUCCUACGGCAUCUUGCUCUGGGAGAUCUUCACCCUUGGAGGAACCCCUUACCCUGACCUUCCCAUGAAUGAGCUGUUUUACAGUGCCUUAAAGAGAGGCUAUCGCAUGGCCAAACCUAACCACGCCACAGACGAAGUUUAUGAAGUGAUGCAGAAGUGCUGGGAUGAGAAGCAUGAGAAGAGGCCAGAGUUCUCCUUUCUGGUGCACACCAUGGGGAACAUGCUCACUGACAGCUAUAAAAAGAGAUACUGCCAAGUCAACGACGAGUUCUUCAAGAGUGACCACCCGGCCGUGGUCCGAACCAAACCCAGGCUCUCCUCCCCCUUCCCCACCCCAGCCAUCACCCCCUACACUGCCCCUGACACCCUCCAGGACCUCAACCCCUACCCCCUAACUGGAGACUUUAGACCGGAGACAGAUGGAGAGGAAGUGACGACCUCCUACAACGACUACAUCAUUCCCAUCCCGGACCCCAAGCCUCACGAGGAAGUCUUCUCCGAGGCCAACAGCAUGCCAAUGGAAAGCCCCGUGAGCUCUCUGGCUCUGGAGGAUGAUGAGGCUGAUUCCAUCUCCCAGGAGACAGCAGAGGCAGACACCAUUCCAGAAGAGGAGGAUCUCCAUGCCAACCAGGCUCUGAUUCCACUGGAAUCUUCUGGAACACCGGAAGUGGAAGACAGCUUCCUGUAGACCUUUAAGAAACUUGGUGAAUGUAUAGCAACAUUCCUGAAUAGCUUUAGUGUGGAGAUGGGAAACUUUGAUGGGGGUUGGGGCCACAUUUUUUUUACUAAUCAUGAGGGUCCGCAGUGGCUUGCAGGUCUGCGUACACACAUCCCUACCCACAAAUGCAGUCAGAGCCGGUACUAGUUAAUUUCCUGCCGCCAGUUGGCCAUCCCUGCUUUAGUGGUUUAAGACAACAUGUUGCGAUUUCAAUGAGAAGCUAACCCUAACAACAUAAACAAUUCCAACUGCUUAAGCAAAUAUUUCACAACUGGUACUUUCAAAAUAAUUCUGUGCUGAAAAUCAAUUGAAAAUCAAUAAUUACAAUGAGAGAGUGACAUAUAUUUAAUCAAUGAUGAUUGUUGAUUGAUGAUGAUUUUAAUUAAUCUAAUCAAUGCAAAAUACUCCAUAUUGAAGAGAAGGACCAUUUUCAAAGCCUUCACAUAAUAAUGAAGAUGGAAAAAAUACCAGUAUCACAUAAGAAUAAAAAUGUACAUCAGGAAAUUCAUGAUUUUAAAAUACACUUGUAUUAUGGUCACUAUUGCAAUGUUUCUAUGGGGAUUUGUCUAGUCAUUUUUCCUUUUACAUGUGUUGUAUUUUUAUAUUAUGAAGAUGAAAACAUUAGGCUUCUAAAACCCUUUCAGUUUUUUAUCACUAAAAGUGAAGCAUGUACUGGUACAUUUUGCUUGUGUGAAGAAGUUCACAUUUUUAGACGGGUAGGCUACUUUAGUUAGUAAAAACAAUCAGAAACACAUCAUCUUAUGGCAUCUAUACUUCUCAAUAUCAAUGGGAUAUGACUUUCUAGUUGCACUGAGAUAUAUUUUCUUUGUUUUUACAAAUGUGUACUUUCUAUUUCAAGUUAUUUCGUGGGAAUAUAAUUAACUUAGAGAAAAGAUUCAUACAUUUGGCCUUAAUUAAGCAGAAUAUUGUACAUUCAGUAAAGGUUAUGUGUCAAAUAUCAUUUUAUGUUGUCUUGAGUUUUAUAGAGAUUUCUUUUCACAUUUUAUAUAGCAUUUUGUUUAAACAAUUCUGUAUACAUUUUGCACUUUACAAUGUUUAGGAAAACAUGAACAUUUCCAAGAAAGGGAUUUAGGUUCAGUACAUAAGAGAUUGAAUGAUGUCUGAGAGGUAUGAACAAAUUGUAUGUUUUUACACGGAGGUACUGACUGAAUGAGAAGUGAUCUGAGCAUAUCACUGCCUUAGCACACCUGGUACAAGAUUAGUACGUUGUUGUGUACUGUGACCAUGACUGAUCUAAUGUCUUUGAAGUGCUUUGUAUUGUAUGAAGUUCUAUGAAAAAUACAAAUAGUAGGCCUAAUGUUAAAAUAAGCUUUUCUUUGGUAGGAGAUCUUUUUAGAAAUGUGGGUAUCGAGAUUUUAAUCUAUAUUAUUGAAACAAUGUAAUGAUACCUGAGAGAAGUUACUUAUUUUCUUGUAACUUGCUUAGAGUCCACUCACAGAGGUUGACCUAUGGUUAGAUACACUACCACUGAAAUAUAAAUAUGCUUAUUUGUAUACAUUUGUCACAUGAUGUAAGAACACGGAAUGCAGAACACGCAUGAAUGCAGAACACACACACUACAUAAUGUAGAAUAUUCACCACACACACGCUAUGGUACCAAAGCUUUUCUGUAUGUUCACAAAUGUAUUUUUAUAUGCAGUAUUUUGUAUGUUAAUUAAAAGUGAUUAUGUGAAAAUAAAAGUUUAUAAUAAAAAUAUGAUAGAUCAGUUCACAAGAAA